UGCUGUCUAGAGAUGUUUUAUGUAUUUAUGAAUUGACUCGCGGGCGGCUCAAGCUAUUAGGCCGUAGCCAGGCUACAUCCCCCACCCCUACUCCUAAUUAAGAGCGGGAAAUCGGAUAUUCCCCAGUUGACAUUCAGACACGCAACUGAAAUUACAGCGUCUCAGUUAUUUUCCUGUUUCUGUUGGAUGCCAUUUAUCUGAGGAAGUCCAACAACCCAACCCAGACCACACCAGAAAGACCAGCACAUCCUUACAACAUCCUGCUCUCCACUGUGAAGAUGUCCAGCUCUGUAUCAACAACCACUAAUGGGGUGGUGGUCAUCACCCAUGUUCACCCUGCUGGGAACGGCUUGGGGAUGGGGGCCCCCUCUCCCCCCACCUGUAUGGGUCGGGUAGGACCUGUGGUGUCGUCUGUGAUGGAGAGGUUCCGUGAGGGACAUCCUAAGGCUCUGGGGACAGUACAAAUCAUGGUUGGCGCCAUUACAUUUUUGUUUGGAAUCGUGAUGGCUGUUGGUGAAUUGAGUCUUGGAGUAUUAAGUGGUAUAUUCGUCUGGGGCAGCAUCAUUUACAUAAUUGCAGGCUCUCUCACCAUUGCAGCUGAAAAAUCAUUGAACAAGUGCCUGGUGAAGGCGUCAUUGGGAAUGAACGUUGUUGCCACAGUGACUGCAGGCAUAGGCACCGUUCUCUACUCUGUAGAUGCUGCUGGUGUAUUUUACUAUUGUUACAAUUACUAUGAGAUAUGUUAUCAAUACUGGGCAAAACAUCAGGGAAUUUCUGGCAUCAUGUUGCUUUUCUCUUUGCUGGAAAUGAUGGUCACCAUCAGUGUCUCAGCAUUUGCCUGCAAAGCUGUCUGUCAUUCCCCCCCUGAACAGAUGUUCAUCGUUGGCAAUCACUUACCUCAAGGCUACUCAAGGCUACCCUGUGCCUUCACAGACAACAUUAGGAUCCCACCGAACAGCUAUGAGGUAAAAAGUCUAUCUGAUUUUUCCCAUUCCUACACCAGAGCAUGGGCGGAGCAGAGGGACUUUGAGGACCCCAAAAGGAGCAGAAGAGGGAUUGCCUCCCUACGACAACAACAGACCCCCCCCCAGUACAGUCCGGCUAUCAUUCCUUGAAACGUUUAACUGUGGCUGCUUGCUUGGCUUCUAGGUUCUCUUUAGUUUUUUAUGGUCACUUUCUUACCCCCAAUAAUCGCUUUUUAAAAUCUUUACACUGGUUAGAGGGAAAUUAUACUGACUGAAUGAUGUUUUACCCUAAUUUUUUUCUCUCUCCAUGUAGUUCAAAUAGUCUGUUCUGGCAAUUACCAACAUUUG